AUGCCAAUAACAACUGAGGCAACUAUGGUCAAAAUUUUCACCCAUAUUUCCACUCUUGUCUUAGUGUUAGAAGAAGUAGAAGAGGAAGUGGAAGAAGUGGGAGAAGUGGAAGUGGAAGUGGAAGAAGGUGGAGUAGGCGUAGUAGUAGAAUAUGUUGGUAAGCCGUCCGUUGAGCAGCAUGGUGGCGAUGCUUGGCAUUCACUGUUAGGACAUGCGGAUGCUGGACAGGUAACGUUAGAGCAGGGGGGUUGUGGUGGGGGUUGUGAACAAUAUGGAUCAUUACAGUACGCUG